ACUGGCCACACUGUUUACUCCGCUGCCGCGAAACAAGUCGUUCCACGUGAACAUAUUUUGGGCAAUGUGUGAUUCCCGACUCAUGAGAUAAAGUGUUUGUGGAUGCAUUGUCGUGAAGUGACGUUGGCCAACCUUGAAUAGUGGGUGUCCUUUGAGUGGCGGAGACGCAUAAAGGCUGCUGCUGGUUGUCGGCCGAAUAAGGCCUGUGCGUGUGAGGGUGCUGCAGACGCGGCGCUGAACAUGUGAGGUUAAAACAGACGGCCGCAACAAAUACGAAACGAUUCGGCUAACGUGGGCCCACAUAUUAAUAACAGAGUGAUUCUGUGCUGCGAGCAGUUGCGAUUUCAGAAGUUGCAGUAUACGCUGAUGUGCUUGUAAGCAGCAAUGGAUUCCCGAAUGCUAAAUGUUUUCCAAGAAGAUCCCUUUGAGGGAAACUACGCCAAAUACGAAUCUGAUCCGACUUUCUGGUCAUCUAACGAUGAUUUACAACUGACAGAUACACUUAACGGUAUUCUGCCCAUUGUGCCCACAGAUGAGUCCCUCCUCGGCACCAACCGGGAGGAGGAUCUGCAAAACAGAAAGAAUCUGCUGAUCUACAGUGACUUUGUGGAAAAGGAGCUGGGCGACCAAGAUGCAAACGUGCUUAAUGCCCAGGUCUACCAGGCCAUCACCGACAGUGACGUCGAGGUGGCCUACGAGCAGCAGCGCCAGAUAAGCGCUAUUGUAGAGUAUGACAGAGAAGAUGUUGGGGUUGACUGUCUUACAGAAGAGGAGGACGCACAGAGCCAGUGCAGUGCCUCCACAUUUCGGACCCGCACUGACAGCUCAUCGAUUGGUGACUAUGAGUCGCAUUCCAGCGACUACGAAGACGAAUAUGAUAUUGACAACGAGGAUCAGGACCAAAGUAUGUUCCCCGUCAAUGACAAAAUCGUCACCCCGCAGAGCGCCAGUGAGCGCAAGGGACGAACGCUGAGUACAAACACAGUUAUCUCAGAAGUAGAUGCAUUCGGACUAAAUAUCGACGUCAAUAACUUUGACUUAGCUGACUUUAUUACCAAAGAUGAUUUUGCCGAAAAUCUAAACGCCUGUCGCAUAAAAGAGUCUCUGCAAGCACAGGAAACACCUAAACCUAACACUGAGGCAGUAGUAGCCCCAGUUUUAUAUCCAUCCGUGUCAACGACUGUGGUAAAACCAAAAGUUCAUUCCGCCAAGGCAAGGGACUCUGAUUAUGACUCGGACUCAAUUAUCGACGUUGAAACUGUCGAUGUUAUCGAUGUGGAUGAGACUAUUUGGGCAACUGGUCAGACAACGGAAUCAGUUCCAAAUUCCACAGAUUUGAGCUAUGUGGACAAUGUAAGUGCGGACCCUUCCUGGUGUCCCAAGAAGACCUUGCCGAUUGUUAAAGAGAAUAAACCCAUGCAACAGGAGACCCAUCAACUCGCAGCUCCAACUGUAAGCAAACCGAGACCUGCAAAUAUUUGCCUAGUGCCCAAUAAAAAGCAGUGUGACUUUCUUAAGCGAAAGGUUGGAGGUACCUUCUUGUCCAAGCCAUCCAAGAUAGCACCUAAAAAAGUAAACGAGGCUUCUAAAUUAUUAAAUAUCAAGCAGCCGCCAGCAAACCAAAUUCCAUGUACAGGUCUAGGUUUGGGUGGAAAAAACCUUUCACUCCUUAAGCAGGAAAGGGACGCCGCAGUGGCAGCGUGUGCGCCAGAAAAAUCUUCGGCACAACCAACCUCCGCGAUAACCUCGACUGUGACGCUGACGCCAGCCCCAAAGCGAAAGCUAAAUCUGGAAGAGUACAAACAGCGUCGAUGUGGCGGCGUUGGCAACGUAAAAAGCAAACCGACUCCGGCAAAGCAGGCGAAAUUAGAAGUGGCCAGCAAGUUCUCCACUCCUUGCCCUGUUUUAAAGCCUACCCCAUCGCCUCAGAAAGCAGCAAUAGUGAACAUUGUUAACAGCCUGAAGUGCCCCAGUAAAGAACAAACUUCUUUGCCUAUGGAUCCGAUUACAGUAGCCAAGAACAAGGUGUUGCGCAUGCUAGAGAUGAAACGGGCUCAACAGCUAAAGAUAAUCGAUUCUCGCGUAUCAGCAAAGGUGCCACGGGUAACUAAGUUGCCGCCACUUAAGGAUAUUGUCAAGGACACAUAUUGUAUGGAAACUGAAGAUCCCGAUCCAGUGAUUUGUCCACCCAGCAACAAACUUAACUCGAACUAUGAGGAGAUUAUAAUAGUCUCAGUUAGUUGCAAUACGGACAUAACAAUACCGCCUAAUCAAUUAAGCAAGGCCUCCCCUCGUUCUCUUUUAAAGUCAUCAGUUUUGCUGUACAACAUAUCGAACGGUCAAGAUACCACUAAGAACAUAAGCAACUCCCUAAUAGCUAGCAUACAAAGCGAAGUUGUCAGACAAACCAGUAGCACGACCCUCGCGACGAUACCGUCCAUUGCCACACAAGCUAUGAGUUCGACUGACAAAAAUGUUCAGCAUGGCGAAGACAUGGUCAUUAUGCACUUGCCCAAAGAUCGGGUGCGCAAAACUCUUGUAAGCAUUGCCACCCAAACUGAUCUGCAACCGGAAUUCCCACUCUUGUCGCUUCCUCCCACACGAAAGUCUCGAGAACGUACGCGACGUAAUUACCGCAAGCGACGACCCCAUGGUUCGGGUUCAAAUAUGUCCAAUUCUUCGAGUGGCUCAUCCUCGGACUGUAACAGUUCUGUGUCAUACAGAUCUCGAUCGCGAUCUGAUUCGAUUGAGCAGCUGCGUAACUUGGAUGCAGCAGCAACAUUUUUGGGAGGCAGUACUGGGAACGGCGGUUAUUCUUCUCGCAGCACACAGCGCCAUCGCAGCUCAGUGAGCUCUUCAUCUUACUCAGAGGCAGGCAGGUACGAGCGCAGACAACGUCGCACUAGCUACAACAAACGACGUUCCAAAAACCAAAAGAGGGCCAGCGACUCCUCGUCCUGCUCCGGCUCCGAGAAAAGCGAUCGCGAGCGUAGCCGCAGUCCGCACAACAAACUACGCAGCUCGCGUUCCCGCUCGCGUUCAAGGUCUGGCUCGCGCUACCCUAACAAUAACUGCCCUAAUAACAACAAUCGACGCGGAUUCACCGAUCGUAACGUUUCGCAACCGGCCGUAGAGGAGCGGCGAAUCGUCUACGUCGGUCGCAUUGAGCAGGAGACCACAAAGGAACUGUUACGUCGAAAAUUUUUGCCUUAUGGAAGCAUUAAACAGAUAACAAUACAUUACAAAGAAAAUGGAAUGAAGUACGGGUUUGUCACCUACGAAAGAGCGCAGGACGCAUUCACGGCCAUCGACACGAGUCCUAGAGACUCGCAAAUUAACAUGUAUGAUAUAAGCUUUGGAGGAAGACGUGCUUUCUGUCGUGCAUCCUACGCUGACUUGGAUAAUGCUGGUAUCAAUAAUUACCACUCGUAUGUGUUUCCCAAGGAGGCACCAGCACCGAAAGUACAGGAAGACUCUUUCGAAGCCUUAUUGCUUAAAGUAAAGGCAAAGUUAAGUGCUGGUAAGCCGGCGGUAGCUACUCCUCCUGUCGAGCCACAACGAGCUCCAGCUUCUGUAUCCCAAGAGAACAAUCAGAUGUGACAUUUUGGCAGAAAGCUGCUUAAUUUCGUAAUUUUAAUUUUAAUUUUUCUGAGAAUAUGAAGCACGUUACAACCAUUCUUCUACUACUAUUCUUGCAUAACUGUAGACCAAUCCCGAAGUUUCUAGCUGUAUAACUGAAAAGCCUGAUUAUAAUUCAUAAUUUAUCGUAACAUAGUUGACAGAGCUAUGCAAGCAAUAAAUCUAUUGCAAUAUACAUUAGGGUAAUUGUAUUGACCGAAAAUGAAAACUAAAAACAAAACAACAAGAAAUUGAAAUGAAAAUGGAAUUGUGAUAACCGCGUAAUGCAUACAAAGUCAUUUAUUGCAUGUAAGUUAGCAGAAGAUCCAUAGAAAUAGAUAAAUGCACUCAAAUAGCUUUGUAAAUGAAAAUGUAUCUAACCACCACAUCAAUUGAACUGAAAACACAACCAGCCACCCCUGCAACAAUAACAAAUCAAAUGUGUUGAAAAUAUCAAAUAUGUAAAAAAUUGAUGUAUUUUGAGAGAGCAAGGAACGCGCAUGCAGCAUGCGUCUGCCGAGAAUUAAACUGUUGAUAACUAAACUUUGAUAUUAGUUUUUAAA